AUCAUCAUCAAGGGAGCAGCUUUGAAAUAUUCAUGUCUGAGGAAGGAGUGUCACCAGGAGUGGAACAGCAGUAUCAGUGCAUCAUCUGCUAAGACUUACUUGCCACUGGAUGUACAUGAUGGAGUUGUCAUGACAGUAAUUCACGACAUUACUGGAGCCAUUCUCUUAAGAAAAACUUUCAACACAUGGAAUGCCUACACAUAUGCACAUGACCUGGCAUGGUGGGUUCAGAAGGUGAGGGCAGGACGGGUGGUAGUGAUGGCAGUGAGACGAGCGGGGACAUACGGGCUAGGGGCAGCUCUACCAACUCUCAUUGGUCUUGGCUCCCUCCUCGCCCCUCAUGCCCCUGCUUAUGCGCUCUGGGUAUGGGUGUUUGUAGUGGGUGGACGGACACUGAUUGAAACUGUGGUGGCAAACCCACAUCCUCUUCAUAAGUCAACGGUGACUUUAUGUUCUAACGUCUUAAUGCCACUUCCCCGAAACACAACCUUAUUUUUUAACACAAAAGUGCACAAUUUGCAGUUACGCCUUUGUGACAGUAAUGCAGCAAUGGGUCCCCUGUGUGAUCCCAUUUGGCCAAAGGUUAUGUCUCCUGUACUGUCAGUAGCAGAUGAGAACAGCAGAAGGCACACUGAAUCAGAAGUGGGAGUGGUAGUGUGUGCAGGGACACGCCUUCAGUAUUUAACACACACUCUCUCUCACUUGUUGAAGGUUAGGAAAGUAUCGCCAUUUAAGGUUUUAGUGGUUCUUGGUACUGAUCAUAAUGGUACACUUGAUUCUAACAUACAGUCUUUAUUGCAGCUAUUUGGUUUACAAUAUAAAAUUAUAAAUAGUCUCCCAGAUGUACUUUCUACCAACCAUCGCCUCUUUCAGUUUUACCGUGCUGCUUGGAAAGCUGGGGUAGAAACUUUUCCCAAUGCAAAAUAUUUAGCCUUCCUUGAUGAAGAUGUGGAGGUGUCCCCUGACUGGCUGGAGAUGCUGUUACAUUAUGCUCCAGCUCUGGAGCUAGAUGCUUCCCUCUGGUGUGUGUCUGGUAUUAGUGCAGCUCAUGUCAAUAUGUAUUCAGACCCCCGUUUAAUGAUGCGAGGAUCCAGGCAGCCUGGUUGGGGAUUUUUGGUUUUGAUUGAUGAGGCCAGAGCAGCGAUUGCAAUAUGGCCAGAUAAGUCUUCAAUAUCUCUGUUGUAUGAUACCUUCCUUUAUAAAAUAGUAGGCCGGGGACGAGAAUGCAUAUAUCCAGUCGUGAGUCGUUCACGGCACUAUGGUGUGGGUGUGAAUACCCUGCCAUACGUGCAUCACUUAUACUUCUUGGAGCGGCCGCUACAUGAUGGAUCACUGGUGAAGCUUCCUCCUAUGUCCUCCCUUACUAGAGAAAUAUAUGAGUCUCAGAUUUGGUCUCGUCUGUCUCGAGCAUCUCCUAUCACCAGGAACCCAUGUGCUUCAGGUUUCAUUAAACCUCCUGAAAUUAAUGAACCAAUGGACUUAGUAUUUUAUUUUUAUUUGGAUAAUCCUGAAAACUCACUGGAAUGGACAUUAUUGGCAGAAUGUGUAGGUGCAUGGCCGUACUCCACUCAGGGAAUGCACAGUGGCAGUGUAGAGCUACCACAGCCAUGGGGAGGAUCACUUUGGCUUAUAGGAGUCCCUGCUUCUCCCUACAAAUUCUUCAAACCUUUCCACAUUCCUGUUUGGUACCCUUCCACAGACAAAGCUUAUGAUGAACAGUCUUCAUUUGUAUCAUUUGUUAGGUCAAUGAAAGUCAUAUCUAACAGAACUUUACAUGUGGCUGCUAAUCAGUUAUUUUUACAAAAAUAUUAGAAAUAGUUUUACUGUUACCUUGUUUCUUUUAUACAAAUUUAUCCACUACACUUUCUUAAUGAAAACCAUUUUCUGUGACUGUACUUUGCAUUACUUUUAUUCUAAAGCUUGCAGAAGCCCAUCACCUAAGCAUGCAGUUGUACUGGACAUUACUAGAAUAUCAAACAAAAAAAAUCUAGAAUGGAAAGGAAUUGCAUAAAUGAAUUAAGUUGUGUAUACCUGAGUAAGAGAUAAAAAUGUGGCUGUGAUGUAAAAUACAUAAACA